GCAAGCUGGCAAAGUUUCGAACCCCUCGGCAAGUAUUGCGCUGACUCCCGAGCCAGACGCACGCGUUUUCGGUGGUGCUCUUCCAGUUCUACUAAAUCCGUAUGUUUUAGAAGUUUUUUUUCUAGUUGUUUUCAAGCUAUUUGAUCGGCUAGAAUUCUUACCGUUCGGUUCGCUGGUGAGAUUGUAAAAAACUUGUACCGAGGCUCCGAUCCGUUCAUUACGAACAUCGAAGUGACGACCUGCGUGAGUUCGGGCAAAUUGUGCAGUGGAAAGGAGAAUGUUUCUGACCGGAUAAUUCAUAUAUCGGAGUGCAUAUAAACAACUCGUGGGCGUCGAUUUGCUUGACUGGAAAGCUAAACCGCGUUUGCUUAUUGUUAUCGUGCAACUACACUUUACAUCUGCGCCGAGCCAAAAGUGGUUUUCUUUCUGAUAUCGGUUAUCUCACCGCAACUAUUAGCAACAACAACAACAGCAACUACAUUCAAGAUUCAAAGUUAUUAUAGUGUGCCCACGAGUUACGAUCGCUGAGUACGAAAGAAAAGUCGCAGUCAGUGCAGGUUCAGUUUUCUUGAGGUUUUGAAUAAGUGAUAAAGAUAUAAUAAAAGUUCGGAUCCGAAACGGAAGCGACCAAACGCUCGACACUGAAACUAAGUCUCCUGGUUUCGGGUCAAGUGCCAGUCAACAACUGACUGUCUGCGUUACAAGGGAACACAACUUCCACUGCGUCGUCGUUGUUCAUCAUCAAAUUGUUUGACUGAGGUUAUUGACUUGGUCCGGACAGGAAUCAAUUCAAAUUCGAGCGCACAGUGCAGAUACCACUAAUUAAGCGUAAAAUACCCACCGACAGCAUGACGCCGCGAGUAGCCAAAGGUGGGACAAAGUCCCGGACGACGACGAACCGCGGAAGUGACAGAAGAAGCGACACCAAAGCUACCAUCGCCAGUUCCAGUGACAGCAGUAACAGUAACGCAUCAUCCCACCAAUUGUUGUCCCUGCAAACCAUUUGCAUUUGCCAAACUGUGAUAGUAUCGUUAGUGCUUGCCAUUUUCCUGCUGCCCACCGAAGUCACCAGCCUGGAGAAUGGACUCGCCCGAACGCCCCCGAUGGGUUGGCUCUCCUGGGAACGGUUCCGCUGCAACACGGACUGCGAAGGCGAUCCGGAAAACUGCAUCAGCGAAAAUCUGUUCCGCACGAUGGCCGAUUUGGUGGUGACGGAGGGUUAUGCCGCACUCGGUUACGAGUACAUCAACGUGGAUGACUGUUGGCUGGAAAAGUCACGAGGACCUCGCGGUGAGCUGGUUGCUGAUCGGCGCCGCUUCGCGAGUGGCAUGAAAGCCCUGUCCGAUUACGUACACAGUAAAGGUCUCAAGUUCGGUAUCUACGAAGAUUACGGUAACUACACCUGCGCUGGAUAUCCGGGAAUUCUGGGAUUCUCGCAGAAUGAUGCGGCCCAAUUCGCGGCCUGGGAUGUGGACUACGUGAAGCUGGACGGUUGCUAUUCGUUGCCGAUCGACAUGGAUCACGGUUAUCCCGAGUUCGGAAGAAAUCUCAAUGCCACCGGUCGACCGAUGGUGUAUUCCUGCAGUUGGCCCGUGUAUCAGAUCUACGCCGGAAUGAAUCCAAACUACUCGUCUAUCAUUCAACAUUGCAAUCUGUGGAGGAACUACGACGACAUUCAGGACUCAUGGGCGUCUCUGGAAAGUAUCAUUGACUACUACGGAAACAAUCAGGAUGCGAUCAUUCCAAAUGCUGGUCCCGGUCACUGGAAUGACCCGGAUAUGUUGAUCAUUGGAAACUUCGGUCUCAGUUACGAACAGUCCAAAACUCAAAUGGCUUUGUGGGCAAUCAUGGCUGCCCCACUGAUGAUGUCAGUGGAUCUACGAACGAUUCGACCGGAGUUCAAAGCGAUUCUUCAGAACAAGAAAAUCAUAGCCGUCGAUCAGGAUCCUCUCGGCAUUCAGGGAAGGAGGAUAUAUAAGCACAAGGGAAUCGAAAUCUGGUCCCGUCCAAUCACACCCAUCUACCAGACAUUCUACUCGUAUGCCGUUGCAUUCGUGAACCGACGAACGGACGGAACUCCAUCGGAUGUGGCUGUCACCCUACGUGAGCUGGGUCUUAUCUCGCCCACCGGUUACAGAGUUGAGGAUCUGUACGAGGAAGUCGACUACGGAAUACUGAGCCCGCAAACCAAAAUCAAGGUCAAAGUGAACCCAUCAGGGGUGGUGAUUCUGCGUGCCGACGUUCAACCGGAGCGGUAUUCCAAGAGACCUUAUAAUCCGAUCUUCUACCGUUAUCCCAACUAAUCCUCCGAACCGACCCAUCCAUCAUCAACCGAUGCCCGACGUAUGUGAACCACUUUUUCUUCCAGCAAACAAAAAAAAACAACAACUAGUAUCUAAGUCUGAUUAAAGUGCGUGUGAUUCCAUUCUGCAUUUUGCAGAAACUUGCAAAACACCCCCAAAACUGACGGUACCAACUGAUUGGACAUACAUAACAGAUAGGAUUGUGUAGAUAGUCAGCGUUAGAUAACACAUAGUCGUAAAACAAUUACAAAUUGUAUCUAAAUUGAAGCAAUUGUACAAACGAUUGUGGCCUCGUUUAGAGGGCCAGCUACAACUUUACCCAGGAAAUGGAAUAUCUUAGAAAUCCCGUACCGAAUAAAAUUGAGAUGUGCCAGCUCCGCCAGUACGCAAUGAAUUCCCUAUGAACCUUCAACUCAGCAAAAUGGACCAAAAAAUCACGCACUGUAGGUGAUUCCAGAAAAAAAGAAUAUUAAGAAAAAGUAGCGAUUUUGUAUUUAAUCGUCGUAUAACAUAUAGUAGAGUUAGAAUGGAUUGAAUCUUUCCAUUGCCUAAGGCAAGUGACUCGUAAGGAAUUCAUUAGGAUGGUGAUAUUUAUUAUACAAUGCACGAAGAUUCGUUUCACAUGAAACAUGUGCUCGCAAUGAGAAUGAUCAAAUACAAUAAACUUGAAAGCAACCAUUGCUUAUACCAUGAAUCCAAUUUAAUGCAAUUCAAGACAUACAUUCCGAAUCUGGGAAUGAAACCAAUAUUCAGAACCAUGCACAACCUUUCCUCGUUCGAUGUUCAUUGACGAUGAAACCUAAACAGCAAAAAAACAAAACAAAAAACCACCUUAGCUAGCAGGGUUUGACUGUUGGUGACAAACUACGGAAUAGCUACCGAAAAAAAAGAAUGUUUGCCACACAUAAUAAACAAACGGCACAGGCAACACAUGCACUCAUGCCUGAUAAUGUAAUUUAUUUUUAUCCUAGAACAUAAGCGAUAUGAAAUUAAAUAAAGAAAACUGAGAAGAAAAAUAUUCCAAAAAA